AUGUCCGGAUACAUUGACCGCUACUCGCGUCCGCUGACCUACAACACACAAGCUCUCCCGUCGAUCAACGAUCUCGCCUUCGGAUUGAGGAGAUGCCCUACCUGCUCGAAGCUCCUGGCAGACACCGAGAGUUGCGCCGACCAUGAGCUUCGCUCCAGCGCGGGCCUGCAACUCGCAGAGUACCAGCUGCCGCAAGACCCGUUCACCAAGAGUGCUCCCAUGCAUCGUCACACGACAAGCUUCCCCUCCCCGGUACUGUCGACUGGAGACACCAGUAGUGACUCCGAGCCCAUGUACACACCAAACGUGAGCCGAGCCGCAUCGCCAAUGAACUUCAGCCACAUAUCGAACGCCACCCCUCUGCAGAAACGCCGCCGAACUUCAAAGAUUGCCACUCGUCGAGACAGUCGUCGAGAGUCAUUUCCCCCGGACGGUGUUUGCGAACAGAGCAAGAAAUUCAAGAAGAUGGAAAAGGAAAAGGCUUGCCGUAGCCAGCAAGCUGCUGUUCUCUCCCGAACCGAAGACUACUUCCGUGUCUAUGCUGGUUGGGAACGACGCGAGCAGAGUGGCGGCAACGGCAACGGUGCCGGCCUCACAGCCAACAAGAUCAACAUUCUCCGCGCCAUGGAAGUGACGGUCAAUUUCUUCGUCCACAGGGAUCGUUGCGCCGCUAUCAAGGAAGGGCCCGAGGCUCUGGCCGAGUUUGAGCGAAAGAUGCAACAAAUGCUCACCGAGGCUCCUGACGAGCAACCUUUUGACGGCACCUUCCUAUCCGGCUCCGAGGAACCCUGCACUCACAAGGAUCCCAAAUCCAAAGAGUGCAUGACACACGGCACUGCAGACUGGCGCGACUGCCGUGUGCUGCAGUCCCGAGCUCGCUUCGAGGAACAACAAGCUCGUUGGGCACGAGAGAACAUCCCACGAGACCACCAGGAAAGGUGGAGGCAUGUCCACCUGUGA